AUGUUAAAUCUGUAUAGAAUUUCCACCAUCUGCUUUCUGAUUGCUAGUGUCGUCGCUGACAAAAAGGUUCAGAAACCAACCCGAAGUGUGGUGAUCACAGCCGAAGAAGAAAAAUUGCGAGAUGUGGCUGGAUAUGCAGCGAUUGGCGAAAUUCAUCGAGAAAUGGAUGAUGAUCAUUCAGGGAGCAUUGAUCGAGCUGAAAGUACUGGGUUCAUGACAGAAGACAUGAAUAUGAGAGGAUCAGAUGCACGAAGAAGAGAAAAAGCAUUUCAUCGAGAAGAUGAUGCAAUCACAAUUGAUGAUCUAUGGGAAGCAUGGUUCGAAAGUGAGGAAAGAGUAUGGACAAAUGAACAGGUGAUCGAUUGGAUCACAAAUGUCGUCAAUUUACCCCAAUAUGCCGGAGUUUUGUCGAGUCUCAAGAUUGAUGGACGACAUUUGCCAAGGUUGGCUGUUCACAAUUCAUCGUUCAUGACCAGCACUCUUAAUAUAAAGUCAUCAGUGCAUCGGCAAAAACUUCGGCUGAAUGCUCUUGAUGUGGUGCUUUUUGGGUAUCGUGAUUCUAGUAGUCGAUUCAAAGAUAUUGCUCUUGCAUUAUUGGUACUUCUUUUAACAAGCACCGGUUAUCUCUUUUGGAGACACAAACGGCGAGCACUCAGCGAGCAACAACAAUUGCGCGAAAAAUUGGACGAAUUGAAAACGUUGGAAAGCGAUUGGCUUCAACAGCAAAAAAAUAAUGAUAGAAUGAAGAGAUCAACAGCUGAUGGGGGAGCGUCACGAGCAGAAAUGGAACAUCUCAGAGAGCAACUUGAAGAAGCACACAAAAGACUCGGGAAUAUGGAGAUCAAUAGCUCAGCCACACCACUUGCUUUACAGCCACUUCUACGUAAAACUUGUGAAAUUGAGCUUGCGGUUUCCGAAGCAGAAAAACAAAUGUGUGUUGAAGAAAUGAAACUUGCAAUGGAGGAAAUCAAUAAUGUGGCUCGGCGUCAAGGCUCUUUAUUAAACUCUCUAAAACUAGCAACUGGAGGUAACACGGGAGCUGAUAAAGUCGACUCGCAAAUCUACUUUAUCAAGCAAAGAAUGGAACGUGUUCAAGCAAGCACACGAGAAAUGCAAGAAAGAUGGCAACAAAUUGAAGAUCUUUGUGGAUUCUCGAUUCUUUACGCUAGUGAAAUCGGGAUGGCAAGAAACCCAAUACACACAUCAGGCUCAUCACAGUUUUAUCGAUCAGAAAGCUCAACGGGCAGCUCAAAAUCACUGACAUCAGCAGCGGUCAUUGGAACAAAGCCAUCAACAAAUCGACCUCAAAAUUCAACUCUAACAGGUCUUUACCCGGUCUUCUAUUCGAAGAAAUACGGUGUUUCCCUUCAUUCUCCAUCAACACAACCGAUCUCAAAUUUCUAUGUUCAUCCAAAAGAUGAUCAUGCCGAAAUGUACAUGAGCACUAGUACAUUACCAGAUUCGGUAUCAAUGGCCGGUGGAUCAACGACCACAUCCACCACCUUUUCACCACAAAAAGAAAAGAAAAAGAAACUCUUUGGGUCUCGU